AUGCACUAUCAACCGACAUGGCCAUUUCCGAAAACGAUCAUGAUCCCAGACACCGCACAUGCAUCAAAGCAUAAAUCGAAGAAGACGUCGCAUUUUUCUACCCUAAACCGGUAUUUUCCCGAAAAAUUUCCAAUUUUCGUUCUGAAGAGUAGAAUGCAUUACAGCAUACUAGCAGUACUAAUACUGACCGCAGACUCUGUAUCCAGAGAACCAUUUGAUGAUCAUGCUAGAAGAGCUUACGCAUCGAUGAUUACACUGCCAUACGAUCCAUCCAUGACAAAAUCACAGAAAAUGAAGGAAUGCCAUAAAUUGGACAACGUGGAUGCCGAGCAUAGAUCUUCGGACGUAUCGGAGAGGCAACUUUGUGAGCAUAUCAUAAAAUUCAACGACUGGUUGGCUAAAGAGAUAGAAGGCGCCAGCGAAAAGGUACGAGAUGUUUACGAUAAGACGUAUGUAUGGACAAUUUACAAGGAGCAGAAGCUUGAAGACCCUUUGCCUGAGGACAAUCUACCCAACACUUUAGACGAUCUUGAUAGACAGGAGUUUGAGAAUCUGGAAGAUCGCAUUGCGAAAAAAGUGGACGCAGAUAAAAUACUUCAAAUCCAUCGUUUCUCAACAAUAGCCCCAUGAAAUCCAAAGUUUUGCGUUACUUUUCUUAUGAGAUAAUAAACAUGAUAUG